AUGUGGCUCCCCUGGCUGGCUCCUACUCCCUGGCGUCACCUGCUGCUGCGCUGUGCCCUGUUUCUCGGAAGUGUGGCGUUAAGCCCCUCGGGAUCCUGGAUCAGCCCCGCGGGGGCAGCCACAGUUACCACCCCCUCAGACCCCACCGCCGCCCCCACUGAGCCCAAUGUCUUCCUGAUCUUCAGUCAUGGGCUACAAGGCUGUCUGGAGGCUCAAGAAGGACAGGUUAAGGUCUCACCAGCCUGCAACACCAGCCUACCUGCACAGCAAUGGAAGUGGGUCUCCCGCAACCGACUCUUCAACUUGGGCAGCAUGCAGUGCCUGGGCACAGCCUGGCCUGGUGCUAAUACAACCUCAGCCCCAUCCCUGGGCACCUAUGAGUGUGACCGAGAAGCCCUAGUCCUGCGCUGGCACUGCCGGACUCUGGGGGAUCAACUGUCUUUGUACCUGGGGGGACAGACUGGGAACAACUCAAAGACUGUUGUCUCUGAUCGUGGAGACCAGACAAGGGGCAACCAGUGGCGCAUCUAUGGAAGUGAUGAGGAUCUGUGCUCUGUACCCUACUAUGAAAUAUACACAAUUCAAGGAAACUCUCAUGGGAAGCCCUGUACCAUCCCCUUCAAAUAUGACAAUCAGUGGUUCCAUGGGUGUACCAGCACCGGCAGAGAAGACGGGCACCUCUGGUGUGCCACCACUCAGGAUUACGGCAAGGAUGAGCGAUGGGGCUUCUGCCCCAUUAAGAGUAAUGACUGUGAGACUUUUUGGGAUAAGGACCAGCUAACAAAUAGCUGCUACCAGUUUAAUUUCCAGUCUACACUGUCCUGGAGAGAGGCCUGGGCCAGUUGUGAGCAGCAGGGAGCUGACCUGUUGAGCAUCACUGAGAUCCACGAGCAAACCUACAUCAAUGGACUGCUCACUGGCUAUAGCUCUACCCUCUGGAUUGGACUCAAUGACCUGGACACCAAUGGCGGCUGGCAGUGGUCUGACAAUUCUCCCCUCAAAUAUCUUAACUGGGAGAGUGAUCAGCCAGACAAUCCCAGUGAGGAGAACUGUGGAGUCAUCCGGACAGAGUCAUCUGGUGGCUGGCAGAACCGGGACUGUAGCAUUGCCCUGCCGUAUGUGUGUAAGAAGAAGCCCAAUGCUACAGCAGAGGCCUCCCAGCAGCCUGACUCCUGGGCUGGUGUGAAGGUCGAGUGUGAGCCGAGUUGGCGACCCUUCCAAUCCCAUUGCUAUCGCUUGUUACAAGAGAAACGGAGCUGGCAUGAGUCCAAGAAGGCAUGUCUGAGGGGAGGUGGGGACCUGCUCAGCAUCCAUAGUCUAGCAGAGCUUGAGUUUAUCACCAAGCAGAUAAAACAAGAGGUGGAAGAGCUAUGGAUCGGGCUGAACGACCUAAAGCUACAGAUGAACUUUGAGUGGUCAGACGGGAGUCUCGUACAGUUCACCCACUGGCACCCCUUUGAGCCCAACAACUUCCGAGACAGCCUAGAGGACUGUGUCACCAUCUGGGGACCGGAUGGACGCUGGAAUGAUAGUCCCUGCAACCAGUCAUUGCCAUCCAUUUGCAAGAAGGCAGGCCAGGUUAGCUUGGGGACACCAGAGGAAGAUCAUGGAUGCCGAAAGGGCUGGACCUGGCAUAGCCCAUCCUGCUAUUGGCUAGGAGAAGAUUAUGUGACCUACAGUGAAGCCCGCCGGAUGUGCAUGGACCAAGGUGCCACCUUGGUCACCAUCACCAACAGGUUUGAGCAAGCCUAUGUCAGUAGCCUCAUUUAUAGCUGGGAUGGCAAAUAUUUCUGGACAGCCCUUCAAGACAUCAAUGGGACGGGCUCCUUCCACUGGCUCAGUGGGGAUGAGGUCAUGUACACCCACUGGAACCGGGACCAGCCAGGCUAUAGCCGAGGGGGCUGUGUGGCAUUGGCCACUGGCAGUGCCAUGGGUCUGUGGGAGGUGAAGAAUUGCACCACGUUCCGGGCUCGGUACAUCUGUCGCCAGAACCUGGGGACUCCAGUGACACCUGAGCUGCCUGGCCCUGACCCCACACCAAGCCUCACUGGCUCUUGCCCCCAGGGCUGGGCCUCUGACCUCAAGCUCCGGUACUGUUAUAAGGUAUUCAGCUCAGACCGACUACAAGACAAGAAGAGUUGGCCCUUGGCCCAGAGUGCGUGCCAGGAGAUGGGUGCCCAGCUGCUCAGCCUGGCUAGCUAUGAAGAAGAGCACUUUGUGUCCAACAUGCUCAACAAAAUCUUUGGUGAGUCUGAGCCUGAGAUCCAGGAGCAGCACUGGUUUUGGAUUGGUCUGAAUCGACGGGACCCCCGAGCGGAGCGAAGCUGGCGCUGGAGCGAUGGUCUAGGGUACUCCUAUCAUAAUUUUGACCGCAGUCGCCAUGAUGAUGAUGACAUCCGGAGCUGUGUGGUGCUUGACCUGGCUUCCCUGCAGUGGGUGGCCAUGCAGUGUGAGACACAGCUAGACUGGAUCUGCAAACUUCCCAAAGGAGUUGAUGUAAAGGAGCCUGAUGUUAGCCCACAAGGUCGGAAAGAGUGGAUUCGCUUCCAGGAGGCUGAGUACAAGUUCUUUGAGCAUCAUUCCACGUGGGGGCAGGCCCAUCGUAUUUGCACAUGGUUCCAAUCUGAGUUAGUGUCGGUACAUAGCCAAGCAGAGUUGGACUUCCUGGGACACAACCUUCAGAAGUUCUCCCGAGGGCAGGAACAGCACUGGUGGAUUGGUCUACACACUUCUGAGAAUGAUGGGCGAUUCAGAUGGAUAGACAACUCCAUCAUAAACUUCAUUUCCUGGGCACCUGGAAAACCACGGCCCAUUGGCAAGGACAAGAAAUGUGUCUAUAUGACAGCCAGUCGAGAGGACUGGGGGGACCAGAGGUGUCUGACGGCCUUACCAUACAUCUGUAAACGCAGCAAUAGCACCAGUGUGAAGCCUCCCCCGGACCCAAGUCUCUCUCUUCUCCAUGGUGGCUGUCCCACUGGCUGGAGCCAGUUCAUCAAUACGUGCUUCCGAAUCCAAGGCCAGGAUCCAGCAGAACGAGUGAAGUGGUCAGAGGCCCAGAGGAUGUGUGAGCAACAGGGAGCCCAGCUGGCCACUAUUGCUAACCCCUUGGAACAAGCCUUCAUCACAGCCAGCCUACCCAAUGUGACCUUCGAUCUCUGGAUUGGCCUCCAUGCCACCCAGAAGGAGUUCCAGUGGGUGGGGCAAGAAGCUAUGCUCUAUGGGAACUGGGCACCUGGGGAGCCCUCAGGGCACGGCGAUUCUACUAGCGGUGAAAAACCGACCAACUGUGUUGUAAUUGGGCACAGCUCCUCUUCCCACUUCACUGGCCGCUGGGAUGACAGGAAUUGCCUAGAGGAGACGCAUGGUUUCAUCUGCCAGAAGGGCACAGAUCCUGCACUGAACCCCUCUCCGGAUGCCCUAGCCCCUGCUCCAGGCUCUGAGCUCUCCUACCACAACAGUGUCUUCCGGCUCCUGCAGAAGCCUCUUCGCUGGCACGAUGCUCUCUUGCUCUGUGAGAGCCUAAACAGCAGCCUGGCUGAAGUGGACAGCCCUUACACCCAGGCCUUCUUGACCCAGGCCACCCGCAAUCUGCAUACCCCACUCUGGAUUGGGCUGUUGGAUGAGGAGGGCUCCCGCCGUUACUCAUGGGUGCUGGAUGAGCUUGGCUAUGCAAACUGGAAGGAUGGAGAGCCCCAGCAGCCAGGGGGUUGUGGCUACCUGGAUGUAGAUGGGACCUGGCGAACGACCAGCUGUGAAACCAAACUUCAGGGGGCCGUCUGUGGUGUCCGGCAAGAAUCCCAGCUCCCUCGGAAGGUGAGCUAUUGUCCCCAUGCCCUGGCUGACUCCGCAUGGAUCCCCUUUCGGGAACACUGCUAUUCUUUCCACAUGGAGCUGACACUGGGUCACAAGGAGGCGCUGCAGCGCUGUCAGAAAGCGGGUGGGGCCAUCCUCUCUAUCAUGGAUGAGAUGGAAAAUGUUUUUGUCUGGGAGCACAUGCAGAGUACAGAAGGGCAGAGUGGAGGAGCCUGGCUAGGCAUGAACUUCAAUCCCAAAGGGGGCACCUUGGUCUGGCAUGACAACACGGCAGUCAACUACUCAAACUGGGGUCCCCCAGGCUUGGGCCCCAGUAUGCUAAGUCACAACAGCUGCUACUGGAUUCAGAGCAGCAGCGGACUUUGGCGUCCUGGUGGGUGUACCAAUAUUACCAUGGGUGUUGUCUGCAAGCUCUCCCAGGUUAAAGAAGGCACCUUCUCCAGCUCAGCGCUCCAGAACCCAACAGCAUUGGUGGUGGUGGUGCUGGCGACCCUGGCGCUCCUGGGCCUCCUGGCUGUGGCUGCACUCCUGUACAGGCGACGGCGCAAUCCUGAGCGAGGGGCAUUUGAGAGUGCCCGCUAUAGUCGCAGCUCCUCUGGCCCCGGGGAGGUGGCCGAGAAGAAUAUCCUGGUAUCUGACAUGGAGAUGAAUGAGCAGCAGGACUAG